ACAAAGUACACAUUUUUUUUCUUCAACAAAGUAUACAUAUGUUUGACAACUCAAGGCGCCGCAAUGUUUCUCGGUCGCGUAUAGUCCUGCAAACCACAGUUGUACCGUAGAAGUAUUGUAAAAUGGGGCCAACUUAAGACAGAGGUUCAGUCCGGAAAAGGGUAGGGAAUACCCCCUUUUGUUUUCGUGACAUGACUGUGAGUGACAUGUGCUAGGCUACAUGAAGGUCAAAUUUGAAAAAUGCUAUUAUCCCCCAAAAAACGUAGCAUAUUUAAGUGUGUAUUUUGUUAAUAUCCACGACUGCUUGGCUACUUCAACGGUGUCUUCACCAAACAGAUAAACGGAGUAUUAAAAUACUUACCCAAGACGUCAGCGGACCUAUGCCGGGCAAUGAAACAAGCGUCAUCCCCGUAACACAUCCCUUUCUUCAAGAUCCCCUUACGAAAGUCUUUCCCAAAUCCGCAGCUAGCGGUGACCAGACUGUAGUCCCGACCAUCAGUUUGAGAGAGUCCGCCAAGGACAGCCCUCGCAACCAGUCUGCCAUAGGAGAGUACGGAUAACAUUCCAAGAGCGAGCGGCCGUCUCUACCUGCCGAGACCUUCUCUCCACUUUCGACGUCCCGUGUCUACUUUUGGAGACUAUUCUUCCAACAUUCGUUUUGGAUAAUUCUGCCACUGAAUAAAACGCACGAGUCAGUAGACCGAUAACACAAUCGUAAAACUGGUCGCCGGCGUUUGUCCAAUUCUUUAUAGGGUGAAAUUGCACAAUUUGCACUGGUUCUUUAAGUUUUGGUGGAUUUCAUUGACACGGGUCCUCCGGUGUGCACCAUCCUUGCCGACAUGUUUCCACAGUCACACACAAAUACACCCGAAACACAGCUCAAUACUGGUCCUCCAGUCUUGUGAUUCGUUUGCCCGACGUCACAACUAAUGCGCACGCAAAUGCAGGCUCUCCCUGCUCUCGGUAGCAAAUCCAUUUUAGGAGAGUUGCGCUUUAUUUACUUGUCAGGAACACCGGGAGUUCAGACCCUCUGUUAAAGCCUACAUCAGUGCUUCGUGCGCCGAGUAGUUUGAAUUGCAAAACAAAGCCAUCAUUGAACUCCUUGCCUAAUUAGACGAAAGGCACAUUUCAAGCGACUUUAUGUAUGACCUGGAUAGAUGGCAGCAUUCGUGCAAAACUGAAAGCCACUGCAUUUAAUCAUUGCAAGGAGACUGGGAAAUGGAUGUGUAGCCUACAAACAGACCAGUUGCGACCUCCAGCAAUCAAAGAGGAAAAACGACAUUACAGGGACAAGGUGGAGUCGCAAUUCAAAGGCUCAGAUACAAGGCGUAGGCUGAGGCAGGGACUCCAUACGGAUUUACAACGGGAAAGCCAGCGCCUCGCGCCGAGCGAGCUAAACACCUUCUUCGCCCUCUUCGAGGAAAACAGCAUUGUGCCCCCGACGAAGUCGUCCGCAUGUUUCCCAGCCGAAACAGUUCGUAGAGUUUGUGCAUAUAUUAUAACGAUGUUUUGGACUUCGGGCAUUCAUCAUGGGGAAGCUAUGUGAGCUGGCCUUUGUGUCUCUGGCCCUCCUAGCUCUACUUCAUACUGACUCUACAUGGGCCAAGAGAAGUGUCAGCAGUAGCAGCAGCAAAAAGUCUUCAUCCGACAACAGGGGUUCAGAAAAAAAGCCAUCAAAAACAUCAAACACGCAGACAGGAAGCUACCCCAGACAACCACAGAGCCCCAACAGGAACCCCAACUCAUACCCAGCAGGAGGUAGUUAUCCAGGGAGAGGUACCAAUCAGAACCAGAACCCAGCCGGUGGAUACCCUGCUGCAGGUGGAUACCCUGCUGCAGGUGGCUAUCCUGCUGCAGGCGGCUAUCCUGCUGCAGGUGGCUAUCCUGCUGCAGGUGGCUACCCCAACCAGCAGUAUCCAGGCAGAGCCAAUCCUGGGGGAAAUCCAAACCAGAACCCUGUAGCUGGAGGAUACCCAGCUGCUGGUGGCUAUCCCAACCAGCAGUAUCCAGGCCGGGCAAAUCCUGGGAGUUAUCCAAAACAGAUUCCAGCAGCGGGUGGUUACCCUGCAGCAGGAGGCUACCCCAACCAGAACCCAGGGAGAGGAGGAGUCAACCCGGGAUACCCAGCUGAAGGUUACCCAGUAAGAGGGGGAAAUACUGGCUGGGGGCAGGCAGGGGGCUACCCUGGUAGAGGGAUGGGAGGAGGUUACCAACCCAACUGGAACCCAAACAAUAAGAUCCUCAGUCCUCGCUAUGGUUAUGGAGGUGGGCAUGGGGGUAUGGGAGGUGGCUCUCCAUUCUCACGCUCAGUUCAGAAUAUGGGGCACUACCCAUCUACUCAGUCCAAGGGCUUUGCUAAGAAGGCUCUUAUGGCUGCAGGGGUUGGGGCCGUGGCAGGUAUGGCAGUAGGCUAUGGCCUUGGGCGUUUCCCCCGCCCACAUUUCAACUUCCGCAACCCUCAGGAGGAGCAGUCCUACAACAACUACAUGUACAGCAAAUACGGUGAACGCUCCACAGAUGAAAACGACUAUGGCUGGGACUAUACCUACAAAGUACCACCGCGGGCAGAGUCCUACGACAGCUUCAUGGAUACCUGCAUGAAGAGGAACGACCUUCUGCAGGAUCAGGGCAGCGACUCCCAGGCCACACCUAACAACCAGAGGAACAACCCCCAGGAAGCCAACAGCCAGAGCCUGCCCAUCACUCCUGAGGUGGGAAACAGCAGUCCAGCUAGCAACCAGGAGGGAACAGACACAGUGAAGCCCCUCACCCCAGCCUCUGUGGAGAUAGCUGGAGAGGAUACGGGUAAGGAGGAGGAUGACAGCCUCACAGUGAGCAUUGAGGAGAUUGGCUACACUGCAUUGGUGGAGCAGCUGAAGAACCGUAAGUGUGUGGAGCUGUACAUGAACUACUCUGAGCGUUUCCUGGAGAAGCAGACAGCUGAACGUAGCAGCGACAGCAACAACAACAACAACAACAAGUAUGAGAACAGUCGCAGUAACCUCCUUAGCCAGGGGCUGGUACAGCUGAUAACCACCUUCCUCAUGGUCCUGAGCAGCACUCUCCUGCUGCAGUAAGACAGGAACACAUAGCCAUGUCCCAGUUGUAUGGAAUAGCUUCAUUUCCUAGUCACCCCUCCUCAAUAUGACACUGAUUUCUUGUGAGUAUAGGUUAAUUAAACAAGGUGUAGGUGGAGAUAUAACCAAUCCUUUAACUAAUCUGUGGUCAUGAAGGAAAGGGGACAAGGAAAGGAAGCCAGUGGAAAAUAACUUCCAGUGAACUUCCAGCAAAAUGAGGACCAAUAAAAAUAUGUACUGUAGGGGGUACUCGAGGACCGGAGUUGGGAACCACUGAUGUACAUGAUUCUUCACAUGGUAUUUGUACUUUAAGUGUUCGAUAUCUCAACACUAUUUCUAAAAUAAACCGAAACCAUCUGUCCUGCUUGUCUCUUACAGCUUAGUUCAGUCUCCUGCUAAAUAUGGAAUAACAGCAUUUUGUCUUAAGUCCAAAACCAUGAGUCAGUCGUGUAGACAAAGGGGAAGUAUAAAAGCAAAAGUAGCAAGUCUCAUCAGUACACCAUAUGCCUUUAAUUAAAUGCAGAUACACUAGAUAAACAAACAUUAUUACAGCACUUUUUUGCCACCAUAUAAGGUACUAUCAUCCGAUUAGGGGUUCAGUGUCUUUUUGCCAAAGUGGUUCCACAGAAAGCACAGACAAGCAUUAUGUUGACCGUUUGUCAUAUUAAAUCAAUUUUAUUCAUGCAUUUCCGUGUGCGUUAUACAUUUUUGUUGUAGCCCUGGAUAAACAUAACAGAUUCAACUCAUUGAGGGCCUGAUGAUUAGUUGACAAGUUGAAACAGGUGUGCUUUUCUGGGGCUACAAUAAAAAUGUGUACUGUUGGGGCUAUUAGAGGACCGGAGUUUGGAUCCACUGCUUUACAUAAUAGUUCACAUGAUAUUUGAAUUUGUACUCUAAAUGUUCGAUCUUAUGUGGUCUGCAGUAUUUGGUUUUAAAAGUUGCCUGUUUUGUAAAUACUUAUAAUAAUUAAGUAGGGAAUGGUCAGAGGUUUGUUAUUAAUCAAUCCCUAUUUCUGUUCCUAUUUUUCUUUUGUGCUCUCUUGUCCCAUCUCUCUACCUCCCCAUCUAGUCUUCCUCUUCAUGUCCUCCUGUCCCCUGGUUAUCAGAAGUGCACUUAUUUCUCUUGGCGAAUGGAUAUAAAUGACUCUUCUUUUUCCUUUUUUUUCAAGGAUGUAUUUAGUGAUUAACUCAUUUAUAUUGGUUUUAACAUAGAGAACAACAUGCAUUGUUUGAAUGUGUCUUUAAAAUAACCACUUUGUCAUGCUCAAACUCAAUGGGGAAUUUUACCAUUAACUUGCUGAAAUGACUGAUGUCUUCUUCCAUUUCCCAAGUACAGAAUGACCAAAAACAAAUAAAAAUAAAAACAAUCGCACUUCCUUUUGUGCUCAUUGAAAAUGUGCGGUCAUUCUCGUCUAGGAAAACAUGAGGGCAGUUACCAUAAUUAUCUCACAGAGCACAUAUAAGCUUUUAAAGACAUAUGUUACUAGGAAACUAGUUGCCUCAGGGAAAUUGCUACAGAACAGUCAUUACUGAGUGAGGAAAUCGAACAGACAUGGUUUGUGCCUGCCAGUUGGCAGCGUUACCAUUCCCAUACUGUGAAAUGAAUAAUGAUAAUUAAGCUAUCUUUACAACAGAGCACAAAUACCUAAACUCAUCUCAUUCACUAAAAAUAUGUAUUUGAUUUUGAACGGAAUACUACGCCUAUUAUUAAUUUAAAGCAAUUUUUUUGUGUUUCUGUGAUAAGAAAAAAAAACUUCCAAUAUUUUUCCAAUAUUUGCUGAAGCCUGGCACACAAUGCUUGUACUUGAAGUACUAUACUGUUGAGUUUAUUUUCAAGUAUUUUAAUCCAAAUGCAGAGGGAAGGCCUUUUCAUCUCUUAUUUACUGAUCCCCUCCCCUAUACUUAUCCAUGUCCCUAUAUGGUCCUGAACUUAACUACUGCCACAUGCAUAAUAAUUAACAUUAACAUAAUAAAGCAACUCACAGAAACAGAUAUACAACUCUAGACCAAAUGAAGAGACCACUGCAAAAUGAUCAGUUUCUCUGGUUGUACUAUUUAUAGGUAUUUGUUUGGGUAAAAUGAACAUUUUUUGUUUAAUUCUAUAAACUACUGACAACAUUUCUCCCAAAUUCCAGAUAAAAAUAUUGUCAUUUAGAGCACUUAUUUGCAGAAAAUGACAACUUGUCAAAAUAAUAAAACAGAUGCAGUGUUGUCAGACCAAAAUAAUGUGGCUUGUAGGCCUCCCCAGGUCUCACACCCACUGUGAAAUUUGGUCAAUCAAGGUGUGAAUGGAGGACCACCAGAUCAAGACCCUGUCAUGGCCAGCCCAAUCUCCAGACCUGAAUCCCAUUGAAAACCUCUGGACUGUGAUCAAUCCGAGCUGCUUGAAUGUUUUGUGCCAGGAGAGGUAUAAAGUCACCCAACAUCAAUGUGAAAGACUGGUGGAGAGCAUGCCAAGACACAUGAAAGCUGUGAUUGAAUAUCAGGUUUAUUCCACCAAAUAUUGACUUCUGAACUCUUCCAAACUUUAUUUUACUCGGCAAGUCAGUUAAGAACAAAUUCUUAUUUUCAACGACAGCCUAGGAACAGGGGGUUAACCGCCUGUUCAGGGGCAGAACAGGUCAGGGGUUUGAACUUGCAACCUUUUGGUUACUAGUUCAACGCUCUAACCACUAGGCUACCCUGUCACCCCAAAGUUGAAACAUUAGUAUGGUGUUGUUUUAAAAUUAAUAUGAACUUAUUUCCUUUGCAUUAUUCGAGGUCUUACAACACUGCUUCUUUUUUGUUAUUUUGACCAGUUGUCAUUUUCUGCAAAUAAAUGCUCUAAAUGACAAUAUUUUUAUCUGGAAUUUGGGAGAAAUGUUGUCAGUAGUUUAUAGAAUAAAAUUAAAAUGUUCAUUUUCCCCAAACAAAUACAGUGGGGCAAAAAAAGCAUUUAGUCAGCCACCAAUUGUGCAAGUUCUCCCACUUAAAAAGAUGAGAGAGAGGCCUGUAAUUUUCAUCAUAGGUACACUUAAACUAUGACAGACAAAAUGAGAAAAAAAAUCCUGAAAAUCACUUUGUAGCAUUUUUAAUGAAUGAAUUUGCAAAUUAUGGUGGAAAAUAAGUAUUUGAUCAAUAACAAAAGUUUAUCUCAAUACUUUGUUAUAUACCCUUUGUUGGCAAUGACAGAGGUCAAACGUUUUCUGUAAGUCUUCACAAGU